AUGCGCCUGCAGUACGCAAAGCUCAAGGUUGAGCACGGAUGGCAACGCCAAAACUUGAACGAGGUCGAGAACCUGUAUUUCCAUCAUUCGCAGGUACGCGGGCUGCGUCCUGUUGUACCUGUAAAAACAGUCCCUCUGCUAUCUACGAAUUCACUGCCACCCACUGCACCCGCCCCAGAACCUCCCGCACCCAUGGCGGUCGACGAGAUAUCACAGCAGGUCGUCAAUAGCCAAGCAUCUCCCACUGAUAAUUCUCGAGGUCUUACAUCCCCGCAUGAUUCCCCUGUUGAAUUAGCACCGACUCCCGUGCAAAAUCCGUUCACCAAUAACACUUCAAAAUCUGUUACUCUGCCCCUACAUACUAUGCAGACCCUCCCCGAGAAGACGCCCUCCCAGGAGCCGUCUCAACCUGCACCCGCCCCUGUUCACCCCAGCACGCAAUCCGAUACUGCCUCCCAGGAACCACCAAAUUCAGCGACGGUAGCCCCUCCGUACAGCCCCCUCGAUUUCAGCGACCCAGCAACUAUGGUGAGGUUCACUCAGAUGCAAAUGCAGUCCCAACCUCAACUUCAGUCCCAGGCUCCAUCACACAACCAAACACCAACCCUGAUUCAAACACACGCACAAUCUCAGCCUUACAACCCCUACAUGCCCCUCAAUCGGCAGUCCUCCCAUCCCCAACCCAACCCCUUCAUGCCCCAACCCCUUCCCCAGUAUUCCUUCACCCAAUCCUACCACGCAACAUCACUCCAAAAUCAGUCUAACCCCCAGGUAUCUCAUUCGCAGCCCAGUACCAACUCCCAGUCUCCGUUUGGGAACGGGAACGGGAGCAGCCCGUUGACAUACGACAGCUUCUGGUCUACACAUGCGAGCGCAGGAUCACUAUACCGCACCCAUGGAGGUUUCACAGCGAGUGCCACGCCAACUGGGCAUGUCGCGAUGAUCACCCCUGGCGGGCAUGCGGCCGUGAUGACAGCCGAGGGGGUGUAUGUCGGUGCUGCUGGGUAUACGGGUCGCGUCAGCGGGUAG